AAGGGGAACGAGGACUCUGGGUACGAGGUUGUCGGGAACGUCAAAACAUUACCAAACGCCUUCAGAACAUCAAUGGUGACAGCAAGUCUUUAGAGCUCAGUUCAGUGCAUAUAAGGGGGUUACUCUCCCGGAAUGCUUGGUGAGGGAGUGCUGCACGUUUCUUGAAUCCUUUACGCUAUUUCAGGCCAAAUUGUGCGAUUCAUUUCAGACCUGACCUAACGAUUGAGACCCCAUUUCAGUCUACUCUAGCUGAUGCACGAGUUCUCUACGUGAACUCAGCUAACCAGGUGGGUUCAAAUAGGCCAUUUUCGUAUUCUCGGUAUUGGACUGGAAUUAGCUUGCAAUGGAGGCUAAUGUGGGGAAAUAUCAUAAAAAAGAGAGUUUAUGUCAUUUGCAUUUGAAAAGACUCCCCGUAUUAGCCUCAGCUGCAAGCUAGUUCCAGAACCCAUGAUCAUGGGCUCCUGACGCCACACAUACAUACGUAGCUUAUGAGGGCCUCCCAGGGGUUUCGAGGAGCGAGGUGCAUAAUCAUUUACUUCAAAGGAACAAGGGAUAUUUUUGGAUCAAUUUGAGGGAGCAAUGAAUAUUUCUUCUACUUACGGAUAUCUCAACUACUAAGUGGCGUUUUGGCGCAAAAUUUUAUAAAAUAAUGCAAUUCGUUAAUGGAGAAGCGAAAUUAUUUUUGAAGGGAUUAAGGGAGCAUGUAUCCCCGCCGGGAGCCCCCCCGCUGACAUCAUUAAAAAUGACGUUCACACUCCCUUUUUCUGGGAAUCAAAUUUCGAGGAAAACCCACUUCCGCUUUUAAUUCCGCAUCAAGGAGUCAUUUUAGAAGAGUUUUCUGUAGCAGUACAGUUUGGUUCUAGAUAAUGGCCUUCCUUUUGGACGCCGUUUUAAACCCGGUUGUAAGUGUGGUCACAAGUUUGGUGGGAGGCGGGGAAAUCACCUAUGAAACAAAGGAUAACACAGAUCCCACGGCACGCGCUCAAGGUCGGCUGAGAGCCCGAGAAGAGAAUGAAAGGAAAAUGAGAGAAUUACGUGACGAAAUAGAAAGAAAUCGUCAAGAGGCGUUGCGUGACGCGCAAAACCGCGCGAGAAUUAAAGACGACGAACAGAGAAAACAAUUGGAUCGCCAAAGACGUGAGAGGGAGGAAAAAGAAAGAAAACAAAGGGAGGAAGAACGAUUCUACGAGCAUAAAGGCGAGCUGAUGAAUUACGACUUCCAGACCAGCCCAAGAAUUAAGAAAGAAUCUUUUCGAGAUUUGAAAGUUGAUGACAUCGACGUGCUACGCGUUGCUUUAAUCGGACCAACAGGCUCGGGGAAAACCAGUUUUGUGGGCACGUUGCAACGAGCUAUUGGAGAGCCUCAGAGCGCCUUUGAGCAGGGAACAGGAAAAGAAGGCACCAUCCAUCUCGAGGAAUACUACGUGCAGAAAAACAUUCGUAUGGUGGAUACCAGGGGAUUUUUUGACAGCGACGAAAGGCUCCUGGAAGAGUGCCUCAAAAUCAUGUCUGGAAGAAUUCGUGCAGGAGAAGAGAUCAUGCGAACUUAUGACCAGCAAGGUGCAAGUCAGGAGUCCGAAGCCGCAGCAAAACGAGCUCCAGCGCUCUCUAAGUACGCGCACGCCGUGAUUUUUGUUGUGAAGGCAAACGAUCCGCGUCUGAAAGACGGCAAGUACAAGGACACACUCCAGAAGAUCAGAGAGCACUUUCGAGAAGAUGGUUAUGCUCCUGUGACGGUUGUUACUUACCUUGACAAACUAAAAGACAAAGAGGAAAAGGAGGAAGCUUUUGAACAGGCCUCCUGGGCAACUGGCAGCUCCAGCGAGAGAACCUACUUCGUUGCAAAUUAUCUGCAUGUGGAUUCUGAGCAGUCGUUUGAAGUGGAUCGAGCCGCUCUUGAUAUUCUGGAUUCUGCUUUGCUCUCCGCUGAAAGUUUUAUACGAAUUCACAAGCAGCGAGAGAACAAUCAGAUGGAAAGGGAGGCCGCGGCUGGAGAAGUUCCCAGUGGCGCGGAGACUGUGGAGCAGUUCUUCAGUCGUCUUCAAAAGAAGUACAAGUGGACUAACCAGGGAAAGAUGAAAGCUGUGCUGGAAACCUUGCGCCAACAGGAGAUCAAGACGACUGAAGUCCUCAAGGAACUUUGGGAAGACAUCAAGUCUCAGCUGCCAUUGUCACUUGGUAUGAAGAUGGGCUUAGAGGAAGAGAUGAAGCGCUUGUAAAGUGGCACUGGCGAUGAACCCAGCAGAACUUGAUUUAACCGUCUAGAUUCUGCUAAGUAGCAGUAUUCAAUUUUAAAAUGAUGUUACUUUAGACCUAGUGGUAGUUUUAUUUAUGCAUGCACCAUUGACCAUGUAGGCCAGAUUAUCAGCCGCUGUUCAAGAAAGGAACCCGCGCUCUUCCCCUCGAGGAGGAACGUUAACGCGGCCUUCACACGGCAAACUUAAGUCGAGAAACUCGUGUUGGCAAACUUGAAAAAGUUGGCAAACUCGUACCUUCACACGUCAAACUCGCGUCAAAUCACAACACACGGUAAUUUGCAACAUGGCCAACUUAGUGCAGUGGCACUCACGUAGAACAGUGAAACAGAAGAAGAGAAGAGAAGAAACAAAAAGCGGUGGAGAAAUAGAAAGGUUUGGACGAAACCCAAUUUGUCCGCUGGCUCCUCCAUUUUCUUUUGUUUGUUUUAAGUAUCUUUGUAGGCUUCAGACGAAACGUCCUGCACAGCCGGACAAUUGUGAACCUCUUCGAUAAAUUUAAUAGUGGCCUCAUGGUCAUCUUGAAUUACGUCCGCCAUUUUGUGAAGUGUCCAGGAAAUAAAUCACGUGAAUAGAGCGCGUGUUUCGAUUGGUUGACAGUUACCAACACAUGUUUGCCUAUCGUUCACACGUUAGAAACGAAAAAGUUGGUGAAAAGUUUGGCGAGAAUAGAGGCAAGUUCUAUUUGUCGCCAACAGUUCGCCAACGUGUUUGCCGACUGUAUUUGUGUCGUUCACACACACCAACUUGAGUUUGCAAACACGAGUUUGCUAACUUUAGUUUGCCGUGUGAAGGCCGCUUAAGAUUGGCGGAAACUCAGGACUCGAAAGAGCGGCGGAAAUCGAGCCUACUGACCGUGAAGGUCUGUUCCGUGUUUCCGUGAAACUGCCCGGAUUCAUGUAGUAGCAUAUUUAUUGUCAUAGUGCUUCGUUUUUAUUCUUUAUUUUGAAAUGGCGGACAUUUUUGUGCAAUGUAAUUGCAAAGUAAACGAAAAAUCCUAGA